UGCGGGCGCGGCGGAGAGCGGGGCCGGCGCGAUGCCUGCGCGCAGCCGCCACCGUCCGCGCCUGCAGUCGCCGUCCCCGGCCCGGGUUCCGCCCCCGCCGCUCGGGGCGCCGGGCUCGGGCGAGGCCCCGCGGGCGUCGGGCUCGGACGGCGGCUCGGACGGCAGCUCGGACGCGGGCGCCGAGACAGUAGAGUUGGAAAUGGCUGGUCCUAAUCAACUUUGCAUUCGCCGCUGGACUACAAAGCAUGUGGCUGUUUGGUUGAAGGAUGAAGGCUUUUUUGAAUAUGUGGAUAUUUUAUGCAAUAAGCACCGACUCGAUGGAAUCACAUUGCUAACACUGACUGAAUAUGAUCUUCGAUCUCCGCCUCUGGAAAUCAAAGUUCUAGGGGACAUUAAAAGGUUGAUGCUUUCUGUCCGAAAAUUGCAGAAAAUACAUACUGAUGUUUUAGAAGAGAUGGGCUACAACAGCGACAGUCCACUGGGCUCCAUUUCCCCCUUCAUCAGUGCUCUUCAGAACGCAGAGUGGCUCUGUAAUGGGGAGCCUUCACAGGACUGUGACGGACCCAUCACCGAUUUGAAUUCUGAUCAGUACCAGUACAUGAAUGGUAAAAACAAACAUUCCAUUCGAAGACUGGACCCAGAGUACUGGAAGACCAUAUUGAGUUGUGUAUAUGUUUUUAUAGUAUUUGGAUUUACAUCUUUCAUUAUGGUUAUAGUCCACGAGCGAGUACCUGACAUGCAGACUUACCCACCACUCCCAGAUAUAUUCUUAGACAGCGUUCCACGGAUCCCAUGGGCCUUUGCCAUGACAGAAGUAUGUGGUGUGAUUCUGUGCUAUAUUUGGCUCCUGGUUCUUCUUCUUCACAAGCACAGGUCAAUCCUUCUGCGAAGGCUCUGUAGUCUGAUGGGCACUGUAUUCUUGCUUCGCUGCUUUACCAUGUUUGUGACCUCCCUCUCCGUGCCAGGACAGCACCUGCAGUGUACUGGAAAGGUAUAUGGCAGCGUCUGGGAGAAACUACACCGGGCCUUUGCCAUUUGGAGUGGCUUUGGUAUGACCCUGACUGGUGUUCACACUUGUGGAGAUUACAUGUUCAGUGGCCACACAGUCGUCUUAACUAUGCUGAAUUUCUUUGUCACUGAAUAUACACCAAGAAGUUGGAAUUUCUUGCACACUUUAUCCUGGGUCCUCAACCUCUUUGGAAUCUUCUUCAUUUUGGCUGCCCAUGAACAUUAUUCCAUUGAUGUGUUCAUUGCCUUUUAUAUCACAACAAGACUCUUUCUGUACUACCAUACUUUGGCUAAUACCAGAGCAUAUCAUCAGAGUAGGAGGGCAAGGAUUUGGUUCCCCAUGUUUUCAUUUUUUGAAUGUAAUGUUAAUGGUACAGUACCUAAUGAAUAUUGUUGGCCAUUUUCAAAACCAACAGUAAUGAAAAGACUAAUUGGGUGAAAAUAAUCUUUGCAGUAGGUUUGUGGUUAACUAUACAGUAGCUGUUGAAAAUGAAAAAUUUUGCUUUCUCCCCUAGACUGUUCCUGGAUGCCUUGCUUUGGGGGUUAAAUAUUCUCGAAGUAAAGUUCCCUAUUCUGUGCAAGACUGCCAUUAUUGAAAGCAAGAAAGUACAAUCAAGAGUUCUUCUGUAUCUGUUUGAACAGAAAGCUUAAGUGGAUGUUUUCUGCCCCUUUAAGCAGACUUAAUGUUGUAAAUGAAGUCAAGGUGUUACCCUUACCUGCUGAGUAUUUGCUUAUUGAAGUUAAGCAAGUCAAUUUAAGAAAUUUGCUGUUUGAAGGAAUUUUUUUUAAGUAGAAAUUCAUUCAAGAAACAAUGCUUUACAAAAUUCCUUAUUUUCAAAGGAAAACUCCUACCAAGUGAGCAGUAAUUAUUCUUUGAAUGAUCCCUUUGUUUUUUGGGUUUUGGGUUUUUUUAAUGCAGCUUUAGGAAGUCAUCCAUAACAAAUAAUUUUUCUCCUCUUAACCAUCUUUAAGAAAAGCAAACUGAACAUGAUUGGGCUCUCUGGAACAAACGAGAUGAAGGGGCCAUACAAAAGUGUGCGAAGUACCGAGGAGGAGCCCCUGGUCUCCUGAGAAAUUGGAAAACUGUAUUGACACUUUUCACCAAAGAUGAAAAACAGAGUUAGUUUCUGUUUUGUUCAUAUGUUCAGUAUGACCAUCAGUGAGUAUUCAUGAAGGAAAAAACUUGUUGCCCUUGUAAAAAUAAUUUGGGCUUAAUUUUAACAAUGUUGAUACCUAGAAUAACUUUGUUCUAUUUGUUUGUUAGACAGGUUAUGCUCAACUUUAUGCUUUGUAAUGAUGUUAUUUAAUGAGCCAAAUAAUGGAGUGUUUUGCCAGGUGUUAAAGUUCAUAUAUUCUUAAGUAGGGAGGUAUGCAUGCAUAGAAUAUUUUUUCUCCUUAUGAAGAGCAAUUUAUAACAGGUUGCAGGCAUUAUAGAGCUUUUCUGGUUUUUGAAAUUUCUCAUUCUUGGUUAUUGGUAGUAAACAGUCUUAGAUAUAUUUGUUAAGAAAAGGUUUGGUUUUGUUUUUAAAUACAAUUUAUUUGUGUACAUAAAUUCUUUUUAUUUAGUCUUUGGAAGUCAGGAAGUGAUAGUAGUUGCAGUUUACAGCACCAGAAAUUUAGUACCUUAAGGAAUUUGACCUCUGAUAACAUUUGUCACUUUAUUUUUACUGAUUUGUACAGAUAUUAUGAUAAUAGCAUGGUUUUGGGAUUGGCGUUUGAACCCCAGUUGUUGA